GCUUCAAGAGCUCGCAGAUGCUCACCCACGUGAUGUGCGACCACGCUUUCCUGGGCCUCGACGAGGAGCACUACCAGGUCAGCGCCGACCGAGCAGCCUCCGAAGAGCUGUCGGAGCACCGGAGAGGCAACAAUCUCGUCCGACUUCUUUGGAAAGCCCUCCUGUCGAACAUGAUCAUCCUCAUCGCCGUCUUUUCCACCUUGGCCUUCAUCUG